UUGGCUAUAACACUUGGUUUGCGCGUCUUAACCGGAGACUAGAAAUUAAUAUUAUUGAAAUCCCGCUUGAACUUCAUUUGAAAGCGAGUUUGGAAGGCAGGAAGGACACGCGCGAAGUGUUGUGUUGUGAGAGUGAGUGUGUGUGUGUAUGUGAGAGUGUGUGUGUGUGUGUGUAUGCAUGGGCGAGGGACACACACACACACUUAGGCGCGCAGAGAGGAAAGCGUGAGAGAGCCUGGGAAAAGGUGGGAAAUAGGAAAGAAGGUAGAGUUGAUGAGAGGGCGAUAGGGGGGAAACAAAAGAAAAAAAAAAACAAAAAACCGGCAUGAAUUCGUAUUUCGCGAACCCGUCGCUCUCGUGCCAUUUAUCCGGUGGCCAAGAGGUUUUGCCCAACAUGCCACUGAACACGAGCACCUAUGAUCCGGUCAGACAUUUCUCGUCUUACGGCUCCACGGUGACCCAGAACCGGAUUUACGCGUCCCCUUUCUACUCCCCCCAAGACAACGUGGUGUUCGGGUCAAGCCGGGGACCCUACGAGUACGGAUCUAACGUGUUCCUCCAGGACAAGGACGUGCUCCCCAGCUGCAGGCAAACGAGCAUGGGACUCAAUGCGCAGAGCCACGUUGCUCAGGACUACAGCCUGGAACAAGCUCGAGGCGGGACGCAGGAGCAGAAGGGAAACAUUCAGAUCUACCCGUGGAUGCAGCGCAUGAACUCGCACAGCGGAGUUGGGUACGGCUCAGACAGAAGGAGAGGUCGACAGAUUUACUCCCGAUACCAGACCCUGGAGCUGGAAAAGGAAUUCCACUUCAAUCGCUAUUUGACCAGACGCAGACGGAUUGAGAUCGCCAACGCUCUGUGCUUAACAGAGCGCCAGAUCAAAAUCUGGUUCCAGAACCGCCGCAUGAAAUGGAAGAAAGAGACCAACUUAACUUCGACUGUAACCGGAACCGAGUCGGGGCCAACGCAGGAGGCAGAGAAACAGAGUGUUCAGGAGAAGACAGAAGAAGUGAAAAAGAAUGACUAAUAAUACGUUUCUAUGUUUUGUAUUUUAAUCCUAAACGCCUGUUAAACUGCAACGUAACUACCUAAACUUCUCAGAAAUGCAAUUGUAACUGCAUGGACUGUAUAUUCUGCUAUAUCUCUUUCCCUUUCCCCUAUCAAUACCACACAAAUACUCACAUAGAGUAGAGAGAGAGAGAGAGACAGAAGGAGAGAGGGUAUACCCAGCGUUAUGCAAUUCACACCUCUUUGUAUUGCCUUGUUUUUGUCAUUGUGGAUAAACAAAUAAAAAAUGUCACCAAUACAUGCUAUUUGUGUGGUACCCAGUCCUAGUAUUAUUGUGUUUCUAUAGCCUUGUAGACAGUUACUCUAUGAAACGAACUGUGCGCUACUUGGAUCAGUGGGCUAUGCUUUUGUUUUCUCACUGAUGCAGUUUGCAAAAAUGUACCAUCAGCAUUUCAAAUGUGAAGGAAAAAAUAUAGUCUAUGCACAUAUUGUGUUGUUUUGUUCUCGCUCAUUUGUACAAAAGCACCAGCAUUGACGGGAUGAACCGUACUACCUAAACUCUUCUGACUUUUUGUGUUAAAUUCAUUCGCCUAUAUCCCGUCAGUGCAUGGAUGUGCAAAGCGCCGCUGUACUGGCUAAACUUAUACUGUUCAGUGAAUUUAAUAAAACAAAACAAAAUAAAAAACUCUUAUAGCCAUCAUUAUAACGUCUUUAAGCGAAUAAAUCAGAUAUGAAAAUGUAAAAAAAGAAAAAGAAAAAAGAGAAAAAAACACCUUGGUUCGCAAU